AUGCCACCACAACUACGUGAUAAAUCACCAGAAAAUAUGCCAAAUUUUUCAUUAGAUUUUAAUUUAACAACUUCUGAUACAACAACAAUUCAUACAAGAUCUAAUAUACCAAUGCAUGCAACAGAUAUUGAAUCAAAUUAUGAUGAUGAAACAAAUGAUGUUUUAUCAAUAGCAGAAUAUGAUAUUGUUGAUCACAAUGAAAAAGAACAAAUGAAACAAAACAAAAUAAAUCGAAUAAAUGAUAAAAAUAAUAAUAAUAAAAUUAAACGACGAAUUUAUCUAGAACCCAAUCGAAUAAUGCGUUACAUGCAAGAUAAUUCAUCAGUUAUUGUUGGUGGUCGUGGUAAUCAAGCUUAUGUAUUAGCCACAGCUUCGAUGUACGAUGAAUGGGUUUGA